AUGACAGAGGCAAUUAAUAUUGAUCCUAAUGAGGAUCUUCAGUCUGGAAAGGAAUAUGAGACACUGGAACAAGGUUCUAUAUCAAAUGUUCAAGUUGAACUUAUAUCAAGAUUUUUAUCGGAGUGUCCGCAAGCAGCUUUAAAUGUACACAAGUACCUGCAGAAAAAUUAUUCAAAGUCAAAUCAGCAACAACAACAACUCAUGCAACCAGUGAAUUCAACACCGAAACGCGGUCAUCCUCUAGAUGAAAGCGGAGGUUCGAUCAGCAACGGAAGAGGCCUCCGUAAAUAUCCUCGAAGGGGUAUUGACAAUAAUUCACAUAAGCACUCACAUAAUGUACAACAAGAAAUUAAUCUACAAACACAGCAACCAUCGUCUUCGAUGUCGUCAGAUGUAAGACAACAUCAAGAGAUAAAUCAAGAUAAUACGAAUCGUAAACGAAUUUCUUUUAAUCAACUGAAGCACGCGGUAUCGUCUAAUUUACCAUGUUUCUUUAUUGAAUUCACCUCGGAUGCGAAUCGUAAUAGUAUUCCAACAGCUCUUCAUGCAAGUGAUCUUAUACUGAAAGAACUGCAAACCAAUGGUGUUUUAAUCAAUAGAUUUACAUUAGUAGGAUGGGCAGGAAAAAAGCUAAAGUUAGGUGUUAAUAAUAAAGAAGAUUACGCUACUCUCGUCAGUUCGGAUAAAUGGCCAACAAAGAUAAAUGGAAUUGAUAUUGUGGUCGUGAAACCAAAAUAUAUACCAGAUUCAUUCACUCUCGUCGUCCGUUAUGUACCUAGGGAAUUAGAUGAAAAUUUUGUUUCAAAUGAAAUUCAGCGAACAAUUGCUUCUGCAGAUCGUAUUAAACGUAUUCAUUAUUCAUACCAAAGAAGAACAGAUGAUUAUCGAUUCGAAGUGAAAGAUUAUCGUGAAUAUAAUGCUGUGUUGCAACUGAGGCGAAUUGCAAUAGGUCAUUCGUGGUUAUCGAUCACCAAGUUUUAUCCGGGAAAUCGUUUAACGUACUGCACGAAAUGUUGGCGUAUUGGUCAUUUAAGGAACAAAUGCAGCUCAGAAAGCAAAUGUCGUAUUUGUCUUGAAAGUCUGAAUGUCAAUACUCCUCAUAUGUGUAAAAAUGUACCGAAAUGUGCUCAAUGUGAUGGAGAUCAUCAUUCGUUGGAUAGUCAAUGUCAAGUUUUAAAAGAAUAUAAAGAUCAAUUAAAGGAAGAUGUCGAAGAUGCCAUACAAAAAGGACUAUUACAGCGAUUCUCACCGCAAGAGAAAGCACCUACAUUCGAACGUCGAGAGCAAGACUUUCCACCAUUAGCAGCAAGUGAUAAUCAUUCCAAUAAAAAAUGGAAUACUGCGCUACCACGUACAACUGUUGAGUCGAAUGACUUACGAGCAUCAUAUACUGAUAAAACAAUUGAAUCCAUCAAUGAUAAUCUGACAAAACUAAUCGAUAGUAACAAACGGCUUGAAAAUAAAGUUGAUCUAGUAUCAUCAAGUAUAAAAACCGUUACUCUUGAUAUUCAGCUACAUCAAGCAGUCUUAGCAGAUACUAUCAAUAUUAUGAAAGACUUCAUGCAAUAUGUUAUACCAGCAUCGUUAACUGCUAGCAAAGUUGAAAGAUCAUCUCCUAUAGAUGAAGCUAUGCACCGGCUGAAAACUUGGAAUUUUGCACCUAAAGAUCAGAAAUUAGUAUUAUCUCUUUUAGAUGAAUGGUACACUGGUAGAACCUUGAACACAGUCUUAGAACAAUGGGGAAAUGUUGGAAUAGCUCCUUCACAAACCCAAAAAGAACAUAUUAAGAUCCUAUGUUAUAAUGUCGAAGGUUGGGGUACGCGUGCGCUUGAAGCUAUUGAUUUAGUGUAUCAAAUUCAAGCUUCUAUUGGUAUAUUUACUGAAGUUGGUGAGUUAUGGAACAUGAGCCGAUUACCACAUUUUAACACGUUCUAUCAAAAGGGAACUAACAAGAAUGGAGGAGUAUGUAUAGCAGUAGGGAAGCAUUUGAAAGCGACGCACAUCGAGGUUAACAUUCCGAACACAGUUGUCAUUGAUAUAACAGGUCUAUCAGAACCAGUACGUAUCAUUGGUAUUUACUGGCCCACUAGUCAAGAGCGUGAUCUUGAUGAUGUCUUGCCUUAUGUCGUAGAAGGUACCAUACUAUCAGGUGACUUUAAUGCAACAGUCAAGGAAUGGAAUAGUCCAAUAACUGAUAGAAGAGGUGCGCACGUGAAAGAAUGGAUUAAUGAAAAUAAUCUCAAUUAUAUUCCAUCAACGUCCAACUCAUCUAAGCGCUCUCUACGUAAUAUAGAUUUGUCGUUCUCUAAUAUGAGUACUAUUUCAAGCGAAACAUUGUUUUUUGGCACUAGCGAUCAUUGGCCGAUUGUAUUAUCGUGUGAGAACAUUUUUUUCGAUAUAAACAGUUUUUUUCCUCAUACAAAUUGGAAGGCAUUUGAAGCAGUAAUAACGCUAUUACAAACAUUCUGGAUGAGAGAACAAAAGAAAAAUAGUGCUGAUGAGUGGUACAAACAAUAUAUUCGUUUCAUCGCGGCUGUCAAAAAUAGAGUGACUCAUUGGAAAGAGAGAGAUAAAUAUAAACCAUCAUUACCGAAAUAUAUCAUCGAAAAAUUAAAAGAAAUACGAAAAGUGAGAAAUAGAUAUUAUCAUUUAAGACAUAAGGGAGUUUUUAAUGAGGAAGCGAGGUUGCUAUUACGUACAAUGACGAGAGAGACCAAAGUUGAAGUUGAUAAAUACAAAAAUGCUCAAUGGCAAAAUUUUUUGGUUAACAUUCAAACGUCUUACGAUAAAUCAGAUAAAGCGUUUUGGACACACUUAUCUCGCAUUCACAAAUCGCGUACGCUGCCUUUUUAUAAACUUUCGGAUGGCUCUAAAAUAAUAUCAACUCAACAAGAAAUCACAAACGAACUAUAUCAGUAUUACAGUGAACAGUUUAAAGCAUCUGCUCUGGAUUGUUAUAGUGUACAUGAAACUCAGUUAGACAUGGAAUAUAAAGAGUUGCUAAAUAAAUUAUUAGUAUCAAAAGAUAAAGUCGAAAAAACUAGUGUUUGGGAAAUCUCACGAUUAAUCAAAACGUUAAAGCCAAAGAAGUCAGCAGGUUUUGAUUUGGUGUCAAACUUCAUAAUUAAAAAACUUCCUCCAAGUUACAUCGAGUGCUUAGCAAAUUGCUUUAAUGUAUGGUUAAACGAGUGUCGUUAUCCAGAUGACUGGAAAAUUGCUAAAAUUAUAACCUUAAAUAAGUUGAAAUCGGGUAUCCCAAAGUGUGAACAAACUCGUCCGAUAUCCUUGUUAGCUACACAUUCUAAGCUGUUCGAAAAAGUGCUCUUACUAAGAAUUAGACACUGGGCUGAAACAAAUCGUUUAGUACCCGUAGAACAAUCGGGGUUCCGUCCAAAAUGUCUUCUACCUACUCGCGUUCUGUCAAUAUAUCAGGAAGUCAAAAAUAACAUGGCAGCCAAUAUUCCGACACUAGCGCUUUAUGUCGAUUAUCAAAAGGCUUAUGAUCGUGUAUGGCAUGCCGCUCUUCUGUGUAAACUAGAUAGACUGGGUAUGCCUCUCAACUUAUUGAAAAUGAUUUAUAGUUGGUUAAAAGAUAGAAGAGCUUACGUAGAAUAUGGUGAAAUAACUUCGAAAAUAUUUAAGAUACAUAUAGGACUUCCACAGGGCAGUAGUCUUAGUCCAUACUUAUUUAUAGUGUUUCAUUCAGAUCUAACAAAUUACCUGGGAGCUCAUUCAUGUCAUCUAUUUGCAGAUGAUCUUUGUGUAUUAAUUAGUCCUCCCAUUAUGAGAAACUUAGACCCGAUGAUUGAAUACUUAGAAAAAGAAGGUACACGAAUUUGUAAUCAGGUUCUUAUAUAUUCAAAAAGUGGAAACAACCGUUAAAUGUUUCGAAAACUGUAGUACAACUUUUUCAUACACAAGUAAAAAGACCGAUAGUAAAUGUAACGAUAGACGGAAACAAAAUCGAACUAGUUAGAGAAUUCAAAUACCUAGGUUUUACCUGGACGGAUAAACUAUCGUUGAAACCAACAAUCGAAAAAGCGAUAGAAAAUAUUCAGAGAUCGCUAGGAAAACUAAAAUGGAUGAAAUCUGGUCGCGAAAUGUCAUGUAAAGCUCUCCGGCAAUGUUUUUUCGCAUUCACCUUCCCUCAUUUCGCUUGGCUGUUUCCACUUUUUCCAAUCCUCUCAGAAUCUCAACAAAAUAUAUUGCAACAAAAAUUCCGUGUAGGACUUCGGCUGGUGCAUCGCUGCCCCUUCGUUUCUGCUCAUAAUCUUUUCAAUAUUACCUCAGAACAACCCUUAGAAUUUUAUGUUAAAAAAUAUAUUCAACGAAGACUAAAGACCAUUUACACAACUGAUCUUGGUUCUUCAUUGUUCUAUGAAGAUAUUUUUGGGUGGGAUAACUUUUAUAAAAGAAAAAACGAUCAUCUUGGGCAUUUUUUUUUUUGUUUACGUCGUGUUCGGCAAUUGAAAGAUCGACACGAGUCUUCUCUUUUAAAAUGGU